AUGUAUGCUCGGUUCCGGGCGGACUUAUUCUUCGUGUAUCCUGAGCCAGGGAACGGCUGCCAGAAAUGGAGACCGUCGUGGGAGCAAAUCAUGACGAAACCUUUGCCAGCGGAUGUCUACGUUGAUGCUCGGGUUUAUAGGGGUGAGGCGGAUGAUUCCGACUGGUGUUAUGGGAUCCGCAUUGAGAAGGCUUUCGUGCGAGGGUUGGCUGUGGUGUCCACGGAAGAGGCUGAUCGAUGCGGAGAGUUGGUUAUUGAAGACGCGGACGAUGGGACAACGCGUGCCUUCAAAAUUACUGCCACACACCCACACCCAAUACCCGAAGAUAGGUACACAGUGAUAGGGACCCAGGCUUUAGUGAGGGGAGUAGGGGAGUAUUGGGUGAUCGGGCGAAGAACGCCCAAGAACUGGAAUUCGAGAAAGUUUCUGUGUUUAGAAUGGCGGACCACCAGGAAAGAGAGAGACUGA